GGAGUGACGUCACUAAGAGCCGGUGGUGAAGCUGAAGAUGGCGGCUGCGAGGAUGCUCUCUGCCCGCUCUGCGCUGAGGCUUGUGGCUCUUCUGCUCGGUGUUUUCGCGGCUGGACAAUGUACAGAACAUGUUCCGCUGCUGAUGUGGACCAGUGAUGGGUUUUCACUGCCCUCUCAGAGCGACCCGGCUGCAGGUCACAGCGUAUCAAUGAGUGAGCUCCAGUCAUACCUGAACACAGCGUUCAGAUCUACACCUCACAACGUCCUGCUGUUCUUACAGGACAAGUUGAGUGUUGAUGACUUCACAAAGUAUGCUGGUGUGUUUGGGAACAAACAGGGUAGCGCCUUUCCUAAUUUGGAGUCGACUCUGCAGUCCUCCUCCUCCCUGCUCCUGCCCUCGGUGUGUUCCAUGGUCAGUUCCUCUCUCCCAAUGCUGCUGCAGGAUGAGCUGAACACUUCACCGCUCUACAUGGACCCUGACAUGCUGGCCCAGCUCAGACUCAAUGCCUCUGUCCCCGCUCUGCUCAUCUUCAGCCUCCCCUACAGCUCCUCUGGGGCUGAUAUGAUGUCUGUUAAAGAGGUGCUCAGUGGUAAUGAUGAGAUGAUUGGUCAGGUGCUGAGAAUUAUGGGUAGUCAGUCUGUCCCUUACACAGCCAUCUACACCGCUCUCCGUCCCUCACGGCUGAUGGAGGAGGUGAUUCCAGACGUGCACUCUGUAGGAGCACGUUCUCUGCUGCAGUACCGGCAUGAGGGUUCUCCUGCUCCAUACCCACCUGUGGAGUUUAAGGAACGUGGUUCUGCCUGCAUCCUGCUGUGGGCCAAGAACCUGACCGUGAGUGAGUAUCGCUCAGGAAGGUGGGAGAGACACAACCUCAGCCCAAAAACCUUCGGAGAAGGGGUUUCUCCAAAGCUGGAGGGAUCGUUCUGUAACGCCACACACUCCAGGCUUGUCCUCAACUAUGAAGACAUAUUAGGUUACCGGUCUUUUAAGCUCAUCUUUGUGAUGAGUCAGAGGCACUAUAAGGUUUCAGCACGCCGAUGGUUCACCAUGGAUCAGGUUCAGCUGGAGUACGACAGAAAAACGGCUUCGUUUAACGGCAGUCGAGGAAUCUACGCUCCGGCCGAGUACUCGUACCGCUGUCACUCUGUCACCAGCUUCCGCUACCCUCUGCUCACUCCUCGCUCAGCCAAGGACAACGCCAACGACUGGAGGAUCUCCUUCGACGACUUCCAGAUCCAGGGCUUUAACGUGACUGGGAAGGAGUUCUCCUAUGCCAGUGACUGUGCAGGGUUCUUCACCCCAGGGAUCUGGAUGGGUUUGCUCAUCUCCGCACUUAUGGUCCUGCUCCUUACCUACGGCCUGCACAUGAUCAUGCAGCUGCACACCAUGGACCGCUUUGACGACCCCAAAGGCCCCGCCAUCUCCGUCCCACAGUCAGAGUAACGAGCCCCGCCCACUCUGACCUACCGUCCAAUAAACAAGCCCCACCCCUUUCCAUUAACAAAGUAACAAGUCACGCCCACUCCGACCUACCCCACCCCUAUCUAUUUACAAAGUAACAAGCCCCACCCACUAUGAACUACUGUCCCAUAAACAAGCCCCACCCCUUUCCAUUUACAAAGUAACACGCCCUGCCCACUCUGACCUACCAUCCCAUAAACAAGCCCCACCCUUUUCUAUUUACAAAGUAACAAGCCCCGAACACUCUGACCUACCGUCCCAUAAACAAGCCCCACCCCUUUCCAUUUACAAAGUAACAAGCCCUGCCCACUCUGACCUACCAUCCCAUAAACAAGCCCCACCCCUUUCUAUUUACAAAGUAACAAGCCCCACCCCUCUUCAUUCAUCAGACUUUAUGAGAAGCCCCACCCCAAUCCAACACUCAGACUCCUGUCUUCAUUUCAUGAGUGCAAUAUGAGUAAAUCAUUCCAUCUGUUAUUUUCACUUAUUUAUUUUCUCGCGUGUGUAUUAUUACUAUUUGUGUGUGUGUGUGUGUGUGUGUGUGUGUGUGUGUGUGUGUGUGUGUGUGUGUGUGUGUGUGUAAUAUUACUGCUAUGUUAAAGGGAAGAGAAAUCCCAGAGUCUCGUUUGCUUAAACACGUCCCUUAUUCCCUGAAUGUCCUCCGCAGCAAUGUGUUCAGGCGUCUGUGUUUAGUAUCGUUACGUCAGACAGUAAUUAAGAGCAGUGUGAGGAGGCUUAGCAUUGUUCAGCACGGGACACUGUGUGGAACUGAAGAUCGUCUGAAUCGGUGUCGUUCACACCAGCGGCAGACUGGGGCAGGGGGCGUGGUCUAGAGUCUAAAGGCGGAGCUUGUACAUUUAGAUGUGAUUCGGGUUCAUAUAAAUUCGAGUUCUCUGGUGUUUCAUGGUCUGGUUCUAAGUGCAGUGUUGAGUGUUGGACGCUUUCGUUACUUGUUAGAGACGUUAGUCAGACGUUUUCAGUGCACGCCAGACCUUCCUUCACUGACUGACUGCAUUCUCUGGAACACUUCACACUGUUUCCUGUGUUUGUUUUGGAGCAGUUUCAUGUGUGUUUUUCCGAUUUCAGACGCUUUAAAGUAAUUCCAAGGUCUGCCACUAGAGGACAGUAAAUUACUGAAAUGUAUUCCUACAUAAUAAAUUGGAAAAAAGUGGAAAAAGUGAAACUUGUGAUUGAAUUUAAUUUCUGAAGUUUCUGUGUUGGUUAUUAAAUGAAGGCACUGACUUUAAACUCAGAGAAAUUUGAGAUGCUGGUAUUUAUUUAUAUAGAGGUUGUUUGGAGAAAAAUGUGUAUAUAAUGAUAAAAAUGAAUAUAAAAUGUUUGCGGUCGAGUAGCUGAAUGAAUCUAUUUAAUUGUGGCAUGUGUGCGUUGGUGGUGUUUGUUACUGUGAAGUGUGUAUUAACAGGUAUUUUGUGUAAUCUGUAAACACUCGGGGGAAUUGAAUUGAUGGGCGAUAAAAGUGAUUGUGACAGAAAUUCAUCACGGGACGAACUUUACACUUAAUUCCGUAUUUUAUUUAACUAUAAAGGGAACUGGAUGUUUCUGUCUGACUGAAGCUCCAUGUUUUUGCUGUGAAUCUGUAUCUCCUCACCUCGUUUUAUUAUGAUCGCUAUUUGAGAUAUGAAGGAUGUUGAUAUUAAAGUGAGAUCAGCGAUCGAUUGAGUUUAUAAAACACGUGUAAAACACCAAGUUCCUGAUUGUGUGUGAAUCUUUACAAUGUGAAAUAAAUGUAUAUAAAUAAAAACUGA